AUGACUGUCUUCAUUGCUUCCUUAUUUCUCCCCAAGACGGUGCACUUUGACCUUCCCGGCACACCGCCUCCAGAGGAGGAGAGGACAACAGCCGACAAGUCGUCCAAGAAGAGACCUACUUUUGAACGGCAACCGAGCUUGUUCAAUCGGCAGGCCGACAUAACACCUCCCGACACCCCAGUUGCCGAGCGGAUUUUCCACCCUUUCUCGAGCGACAGCGGUGACCGUGUCAUCUUGCCGCUCACAUCGAGCGCUACACCGGCUGACAGGGGCUCUCCGGCCUGGGGAGCCCGACGAGAUCAGCCCAAAUCUCGCGCAAGCUCACCCCCACCAGUCUGCCUCGACAUCGACACCGACGAUGAGCACAUCAACGAGAAAGCAAAGGAACUUCGCCGCCAGGGCGUGAACCAGCCCCGCUCUGCUUUGCGAAGCGAGAGCCAUGACCGGGUGUUCUCUGCUGCACACUGGCGUAUUGUCAAUGCAGACCAGGGCAACGGCGGCCUGCGCAAUGCUACAGAGGCUGCUUCUCGAGAGGGAAAGCUCGCUGAUUAUACUUGGGUCGGCACUCUGGGCAUGCCUACCGAUGCUUUGGAGGGCACCCAGCAGAAGCAGGACAUCGAGGACAGACUUGCCGCCGAGCACGAUAUGCUGACCGUCUGGUGCUCCGACAAGGACUUUGAUGGCCACUACGUUCACUUUUGCAAACAAAUUCUCUGGCCCGUCUUCCACUACCAGAUUCCGGAUGGUCCGAAGAGCAAAGCAUACGAAGAUCAUUCAUGGAAGUAUUACGAAAACGUCAACCGGGCCUUUGCCGACACCAUCGUUAAGAACUGGAAGCGCGGCGAUGUGGUUUGGGUGCACGACUACCACUUGCUGUUGUUGCCCGCCAUGAUCCGCCAGCGUCUUCCAGAUGCGAAAAUCGGCUUUUUCUUGCACGUGGCGUUCCCCUCCAGCGAGAUCUUCCGCUGUCUCGCUGUCCGCACACAGUUGCUCGAAGGCAUGCUUGGCGCUAGUCUUGUCGGCUUCCAGAUCCCCGAGUAUACGCGUCACUUCUUGCAGACUUGCAGCCGCCUCCUGAAUGCCGAAGCCACAGCUGACGGCGUGCAGCUCGAAGAUCGCUUUGUUGAUGUCAUUCACAUGCCGAUUGGAAUUGAUCCCGUCGCCUUGAAUGCGCACCGGGAGGAGGAAGGCGUCAAGUCUUGGCUUGAGAUACUGCGCGAAAAGUACAAGGGGAAGAAGCUGAUCGUGGCUCGAGACAAGCUUGACCACAUCCGAGGCGUUCGCCAAAAGCUCCUUUCUUACGAACUGUUUCUCAACCUGAACCCAGAAUGGCGCGGAAAGGUGGUUCUGCUUCAGGUCGCGCUUUCCACCAGCGAGAGGAACGAGCUCGAUGCUGCCGUGUCCGACAUUGUCACCCGCGUAAACUCGUCGUGGGCAAACCUGGCUUACCAGCCAGUUGUCUAUUUGAAGCAGGACAUUGACUAUGACCAGUACCUCGCGCUCCUGACUGAUGCCGAUGCAUUGAUGAUCACUAGCCAGCGCGAAGGCAUGAACCUGACGUCCCACGAAUACGUCUUCUGCCAGGACGGCAAGAACUUUGAAAAGAAGCACGGCAGCCUCAUCCUGUCCGAGUUCACCGGAACCUCCGGCCUCUUCAAAGGUGCUGAGCUGGCCGUCAAUCCAUGGGAUUACCGUGCUUGCGCGGAUGCCAUCAAAAAGGCACUGGAGAUGCCGGAAGGAGAGAAGAAUGACAGAUGGUGCCGGCUUUACAAGGCCGUGCUCCGCCACACAGGCUCGCACUGGUUUACCGAGUUUCUGUCCCGUCUCGACCACGUGUAUGAUGAGCAGCACCGCCGAGACCAGACUUCCGUGCCGCGGCUUUCCGUAAACACGCUUUUGCAACAAUACAAGCGAUCGAAACACCGCCUCUUCAUUCUGGACUACGAAGAUACACUCGUCAGCUGGGGACCAGUGGACAAGAUUAUUCCCGUGAACCCUCAGCGCACGCUUGACGUCCUCAACGACCUGGUCCUGGACAGUAGAAAUACCAUUUAUGUCAUGUCUGGCCGGAGCGAGAAAGAACUUGACCGCCUCUUCCGAACGGUUCCGAAUCUUGGGCUCAUUGCGGAGAACGGCUGCUUCCUCAAGGACUGUGGGAGCACCAAAUGGGUUCAGAUGGCCGACAAUGACCAGAUCCGAACCUGGAAGGAAUCAGUCAAGCACAUCCUGACGUACUACAAGGAGCGCACCCCGGGCGCCGAGAUCGAAGAGCGACGUUGCUCUUUGAUUUUCCGCUAUAAGUCCGCCGAAGACUCUGAGUCGGCGAUGCGGCAUGCUGCCGAGUGUGCUGCACAUAUCAACGAUGCUUGCGAGGAGCAGCGCGUCCAUGCCAUCCCUCUUGAUGGGUCCAUUCUUGUAGAGCCGAUUGACUGGACGAAGGGAACUGCGGCGGAAAAAAUCCACCAAGAUCUCUGCAAAAAAACGCUCCCUGUCGAACAUGACAAGGGCCCGGUCGACUUUCUCAUGGUCGUUGGUGACGGCCGGGACGACGAAAAGGUGUUCAGAUGGGCAAACCAGCUUGGCAAAGACCAGACAGUCAAGGAAGUGGCCACGGUCAGCCUGGGAAGCAGAAGCACAGAAGCUGCUGCCACUUUGACCCAAGGCGUCAACGGUGUUCUCAUCCUGUUGCAGAAACUUGCUGCUACCGCAUAA